AUGGCGGCAGCGAGGAGGGAGCCGCGACCGGCCGGGACGGGAGAGAAAGAAGCCGAGAAUCCGGCACCGAGCGCCCGCCGAGCGGCGGCCACAGGAAGGAGGGCGGCGGGAACGGGGAGCAGCGCACAUGCGCGGGGUGAGCCUCGCCCUGCCCCUUCCUGCGGGCUGCUCACGCUGCCCGUCAUGCUGCAGCUGGGCCGGGCGCUGCUGGGCCGGCUGCGGCCAGCACGGCCAUGGGCGGCGAGGCGAUGGAAGGCGUUGGGCGGCGAGGAGGAGCGCUUCGUAUUCCUCGAGUAUGAGCCGGAGCCAGAGCCACCAUCACCACCAACACCACUGCCACCACCACCGGCACCACCCGCCGCUUCGCCGACGGGCAGAGCUGCCGCGCGGAGGCGGGCGGGCAGGGAGCGGCUGCUGGGGGAGGCCGACCCGUCCGUGCCGCCGAGCGGAGUGGGCUGCUCGGGCUGCGGGGCCGAGCUGCAGUGCCGCGAUACCGCGGCGCCGGGCUUCGUGCCGGCCGACAAGUACCGCAGCCUGUGCUCGGGGCCGGGCGGAGCGGCCGGGCUGCGCGAUGCCGUGUGCCAGCGGUGCUGGGUGAUGGCGCACGGCGGCCGCUUAGUGCGGCUGGAGCUGCCGGCCGAGCAGCACCGCGCCGUGCUGAGCGACGCGCUCCGCAGCCCGCCGCGGCACGGCAGGGGCCCGCUGCUGCUCUACACGCUGGAUGUGUUGGAGCUGCCCGACCCCGUGUUACCGCAGCUGCCCGCGCUGCUCAGCCCCGACGUGCCCGCAGCGGGGCUGCUGGUGGUGGGCAACAAGGUGGAUCUGCUGCCGGCCGACUCCCCCGGGCACCUGGGGCGGCUGCGGCAGAGAGUGACGGCCGCCUGUCUGCAGGCCGGCAUCGCCCGGGAGCAAUUAGUGGAUGUACGGCUGGUGAGUGCCAAAACGGGCUUCGGGAUGGAGGGGCUGGUCAGCCGGCUGCAGCGCUCCUGGAAGUGCGCCGGUGAUGUCUACCUGCUGGGGGCCACCAACUCGGGCAAGUCGACGCUCUUCAAUGCCCUGCUGCAAUCCGACUACUGCAAGUCACGAGCUCCCGACGUGGUUAGUAGGGCCACCGUCUCAUCCUGGCCAGGAACAACACUGAACUUGUUGAAAUUUCCAAUUAUCAACCCUACGUGCGACAGGAUAUUCAGGAGGCAGGAGAGGCUGAAAGAAGAGGCACAAAAAACAGAAGAUCAGCUAAGCGAUGAGGAAAAAAAGCACCUGAAUCGCCUUAAAAAGCAAGGUUACUUAGUGGGAAGAGUUGGAAGAACAUUUAAACGUCGGGAGAGCUCUGUGAUUGAUUUUGACCCUGACAUGCUGUCGUACAGCAUAGAUGAAGAUCCAUGCCAUAUCCCUAAGAAGAAUGAGGAAAGACAAGAGUUCACAUACAAUGAAGUGAAGGAUGCUCGCUGGUGUUUUGAUACUCCAGGGAUUGUAAAGGAAAACUGUGUUUUGAAUCUCCUGACAGAGAAAGAAGUAAAGCAGGUUUUGCCAACACAAGCCAUCAUUCCACGGACCUUCAUUCUCAAGCCAGGAAUGGUCUUGUUUUUAGCAGCUUUAGGACGCGUAGACUACUUACAGGGAGAAAAACCUGCCUGGUUUUCUGUUGUGGCUUCUAGGAUGUUGCCAGUCCACGUUGCUACCUUGAGCAGUGCAGAUGCCAUGUAUGAGAAGCAUGCUGGGCAGGAGUUCUUUAAGGUUCCAAUGGGUGGGAAAGAGCGAAUGAAAGAGUUCCCCCCACUUGUCCCUCAGGACAUUACACUGAAAGGAACUGGUACUGCUGAGGCAGUCGCAGAUAUCAAACUUUCCUCUGCAGGCUGGGUGGCGGUGACAGCUCAUGCAGAAGAGGAACUGUUGCUCCGAGCCUAUACACCCAGGGGCACCACAGUGGUGGUACGGGAGCCUCCCCUUUUACCAUAUAUCAGUAGCAUCAGAGGGGCCCGGAUCCCAGGUACUGCUGCCUACAGAACCAAAAAGCCUCCUUCCCUCGUAGAAAACCUGAAAGCUGUGCGGAACAGAUAG